AUGAAAAAGUAUAACGAAAAAAAAAACAUAGCUAGCAAAAUGAAGCCAAUUAUCAAUUUCAAGGAGUGGAAAUUCCGUGAGUCCCCAAACUACGCUGCCCUCCCUAUUGACGAAAACCCAGAAUAUAAUGUGCCAGUUGCUGUUAAGGAUGCUGUUUUUUCUAAGGUGCCAACUGAGCCUCUAUCUGGGAAAGUCCAUCUUGUGUGUGCAUCAGAUGAUGCUUUAAUAGACCUACUCGACCUGGAUCCUUCUGUGGCUGAAACUGAGGAGUUUAUUAACUUUGUAUCUGGCAGAUACUUGCCUCCUGGAGGACUAAGUGUUUCUCAUAGAUAUGGCGGAUACCAGUUUGGUUUUUGGGCUGAUCAACUUGGUGAUGGUAGAGCUCAUAUUCUUGGUGAAUAUAUUAACAGUAAAGGAGAAUCCUGGCAACCACAACUCAAAGGCUCUGGUGAGACGCCUUACUCCCGUUUCGGUGACGGCCGCGCUGUGUUACGAUCGUCUAUCAGAGAGAUGAUUGCUUCUGAAGCCUGCCAUUAUCUUGGCAUACCGACUACAAGAGCAGCUGCAUUGGUGGUGAGCGAAGAUCAUAAGGUAUGGCGCGAUAAGACUUAUAGUGGAAACGCUAGACAGGAGAAAACGGCGAUCGUGAUGCGUGUUGCCAACGCGUGGUAUCGCAUCGGCUCUUUAGAGAUACUGGUCAAGCGAAAGGAACCUCAUACUUUGAAACUUUUAGUCGACUUCAUUAUAAAGCACCAUUUCCCGGCGCUAGAUAAUUCUAACGACAAGUAUGUGGACUGGUACAUGGAAGUGGCCCACAGAAACUUGGAUAUGGUUGCAACGUGGCAAGGUCUUGGCUUCACACAUGGUGUAUUGAACACCGAUAACAUAAGCCUCCUUGGUGUGACGAUAGACUACGGCCCGUAUGGGUUCCUAGAUCAUUAUUAUCACCACUACGUUCCCAAUACUUCUGAUGAUCUAGGUCGGUAUGCAUUCAAUAAACAGCCUGAGAUACUUUUAUGGAAUUUGGAGAAAUUUGCCGAAGCUCUAGAGCCGAUUCUGUCCGAAGAUCAAAAGGAAAAGAUUAAAUACGUUAGAAGCACACUCGAUGAAUAUGUCAAAAGAAAAGUGUUGCAAACUCAUCUACUAAAACUCGGAUUUGAAGAAAUAAAGGAUGGUGACGAAAAACUAGUUGAAGAUCUAUUUCAAGUUAUGCAGUUAAAAAUGGCGGACUUUACAGGCACAUUCAGGCAACUCACUGAGGUUAAUCCCCAGGAACUAUUGGAUAAGGCUGUUCUAGAAACAAAGUGGGCUCUCAGCAAGUUUAUAGAUACACCUAACUGGGACAAAUGGGUAAAGAAAUAUCAAGACCGAUUAAAAGAUGAGAAUGUGAGUGAAGAGGAUAGACGAGCUCGUAUGAUUAAAGUGAACCCGGUGUAUGUGCCAAGGAACUGGAUAUUACAAGAAGCAAUAAAUGAUGCGGAAAAAAAUGACUUCGAAAAGGUGAGAUUCUUAUUGACGCUGUUCAAAAAACCAUAUGACGUUAAUGAAGAAGCAGAGAAGAGAGGCUAUUCGGCGCAACCGCCUAGCUGGUCAUAUGGCUUAAAGCUAAGCUGUUCAAGUUAA